AUGCCCGUUUUCAAUCUCUGCAGGCGAAAGCAAGAACAAUCCUCACGCCUGGUGUGCGCUUUUGGUAUUUCACAGCUAGAGCCAAUCGCACGCCAUUCCGAGCCACAAUUUGCACCCAAUCAAAUUGUGACUUCCAGAUAUACAUGGUGGUCUUUCCUUCCGAUCAGCCUGUUUGAAUUAUUUCAUCAAAUAUCUAAUCUGGCAUUUGCGAUCCUAUCAUUGCUCUAUUUGUUCGCCACGGGGGCAACCGGUUUCUGGGCGACCGUAUGCCCUCUCUCAUUCGCCCUGGUGACUGCGAUGAUCAAGGAUGCGGUGUACGACAUUUUUCGUCAACGUCAAGAUAAACUGGUCAACAACAGACUGUUUGAAACGAUUCAUUUGGAUGACAGUUGUGAAACUCUUAGGCGUGUGGAUCAGAAAUCGUCCAAUUUACGUGUUGGUGAUGUGGUUAUUUGCAAAUCCGAAACUGAAUUCCCGUGUGAUAUGGUCAUCCUGUCAUCCAGUGAUCCACGUCGCCGAAUCGAAGUGACUACGGCAAAUCUGGACGGGGAAACAACUGCAAAAACGCACUAUGCGUUACCGAGUACACAAAAUCCGUAUCUGCACAUUUACCGGGAGUGUGACAAGAAUGGGUUGAUGACUGCUUCUUUGGACCUGGUAAAAUCUUUGCUUCUGAUUGUUGAGUGUGAACCGCCCAACGCUAAUCUCAACACGUUCGAAGGGAGGAUACACGAUCCCUCAAGUUCGACGGAUGUGCCUGAUCAGCGAAAAGACGCGGGGAUAUCAUUUGACAAUGUUGUGCUUCGUGGUUCCAAACUGGUUAACACCGAUUUCAUGAUUGGUUUGCCUAUUUACACCGGAUCAGACACAAAAUUAUCGUUGAACGCCAGAGGAGCGCGACGGAAAUACACCGCUCGUGAAUCUAAAUUGAAUGUCAUACUCGGAACAUUUGCAUUAGUUGCUGUUCUAUUGAGCAUCCUAAUGGCGAUCGGUGCCACUGUGUGGUCUAUCACAAUCGGCAAGUCAAUCUGGUUUCUACCGCAAAUGAAAUACACCGCUUGGGAAUUUGUUCAAAAUGUGUUCUCGUUCUCGUUCAUCACCACCUAUCUGUUACCCAUAUCUCUGAUCAUCACAAUCGAGUAUCAACAAGUAGUUUUGGCCGGUUUUAUCAGCAGAGAUAUGGAACUGUACGAUCCGAAACAGGAUAUUCGGUCCUCCGCAAAGACUGUGCACACAGCCGAUGAGCUGGGACAGAUUGAAUUUUUGUUCAGCGACAAAACGGGCACUUUGACAGAGAAUAUGAUGGUUCUCAGAGCGUGCGCGGCAAUCCCAUCAAAUAUUGUAUAUCGAAUUGACGGAGAUCAAGUUUCUCGAAUUCCCGAAUGGCGCCGAAGCAGUUUCACCGAUCCAGGUUACGGUCUGAAUAGUAAUGAAGUGGCACAGCACAGAAGCGGUCAGGAUGAGGAGACAACUCCAGUUGGAGAACAAAUAAGAUCAGACAGAACUGACAAAUUGGCCCUCCCCAAGAAUUUGAUAAAGCCCAUACUUGUGGCUACCCUUUGUCAUUCUAUUGAGGUUAAGCGAAAUAAUCCGGCCAUUGAAACACUUCAAUCGACAUCACCGAAAACAGGAUUGAUAACGACUUAUCAAGCAAGUUCCCCGGACGAAAAGGCGCUAGUCGAAGCUUGUGCCAGAUUGGGCUAUAUUCUCAGAGCCACUUAUGUGGAUUCGGAGGAGAAUGUGCGACAACUGAAGGUGGCUCGAACACAAUACCGAUCAACCGGCGCGAACACCGCCACGUGGACCGAGGAAGAUUAUCGGAUUGAUCUGGUGCUGGAAUUCGAUCCCGUACGGAAACGUAUGACAGUGAUGGCACGACAUCCGGAUGGAACUUAUCAUAUACACAGCAAAGGAGCAGAAACAUCAAUGCUUUCGCCCGAAGCUUCCAGCCGCUCAACAAAUCAGGCACGGACAAUGGCUUUGGAACGAGUGAACGAAUUCGCCCUGAGCGGAUUGCGCACUUUGGUCUUAUCGUCACGUAAACUCCGGGAGAAAGAAUAUCAAGCAUUGAUCAAACAGUGGCGAACCACAAUGAGUUUAUUUGGUCCGGAUCGAGCCAACGCCAUGGCCACAGUGAGGCAAACGAUUGAAUCCGGUUUGAAAAUUGUCGGUGUGACCGGAGUAGAGGAUCGGUUGCAACCGGGAGUUCAAGAUUGUCUUCAGAGCCUGAGAGAGGCGGGAAUUCAAGUAGGAAAUUUUGGUUUAUAAGUGAACAAUAUUGUGGCUGCAGCGGCUGACGAGCCGCCACACUUCGUUCAUUCCGGUGUAGAUGAGCAAGAUAUACGCGCAUUACAAGCCGAACUUAUGGAAUAUACCGAUCGAAGAAAAAAUCGAAGUAUACUCAAGGGAACUCGUCUUCCGCGGAGGAAAGCUCGUCGUAAUCCAGGUGCAGCUGGUGAAUCAGUUGGCUUAGUGAUUGAUGGAAUGAGUUUGACUCAUGCGUUACAA